CAAACUGAUUGAUUGGUGAAAAAAAAAUUUCUAUGAGAUUGGAAGAAAAAUGUCGUAUGGACUUUGGGUGUGCUAUUGGUGAUGUCGGACAAACAAAGUUAGUCGUAGUGAGAUGUCGCGACCUUCAACUAAAAAAUUUGGCUAACCAGUAAAAUCAUUACUAGUUAAUAUCAAUAAUCAAUAUCCAACUUACCAAUUAUAUAUUCAGUACAUAAUGUUUAGAGCUGCUGUAUUAAGAUCUAUGAGAGCUCCUGUUGGAGCCAGAAUUGCAUGUCAACAACCAAUUAGAUCCGUAUUAUCGAUGACUCAAAUCAAACCAACCUUCAUUCGUACUUAUUCUGCACCUGCAGGUUUAACUAGAGAAGAUGCUAAAGAAAGAGUUUUAGAAUUAUUAGAAGGAUAUGAUAAGAUUGAUGCUACUAAAGAAAUCAAAGAAGAUGCAUCAUUUGUUCAAGAUUUAGGUUUAGAUUCUUUAGACGUUGUUGAAGUUGUUAUGGAACUUGAACAUGAAUUCAACAUUCAAAUUCCUGAUAAUGAAGCCGAUAGCAUAAAGACCGUAGGCCAAGCUAUAGAUUACGUUCUUUCUCAACCAGAUUCUUGUUAAACUAUAUUAAAUUAUAGCAUUAUAGGAUUAUAGGACAUAACUGCUUCUCAUUUUGUCAUGUAUAAUACAUAUUAAAAAUUGUCAUUUUAAAACUUUUUUUAAACCACAGACUUAAUUUAUGUGGUAUAAAUAACUAUAAACUAUAGAUAUGUACGUGUGAAGUUAUUCACUUGUACUUGUAGGAUCUAUAAU